AUGGCAAGCGGAGAAAAUCAAAUCAAUCCCGAGCACUGUCUUGAGCAAGAAGUGUCUGGAGAGAAGAGUUAUCCCGAAGGAGGAUUGCGAGCAUGGCUGGUUGUUUUAGGAUCAUGGUGCGCCAUGAUUCCGUCCAUGGGUCUUCUCAAUUCCCUAGGAAUUCUACAUGCUUGGACUAGCUCCCAUCAACUCAAGGAUUAUUCCGAGUCGAGUAUUGGGUGGAUCUUCGGCGCUUACGGGUUCUUUCUAUAUUUUGCUGGAGCUCAAGCUGGGCCUAUAUUUGACGCCUACGGUCCUUUUUACGUGGUCGUCCCGGGAUCUAUUGGCAUGGUUGUCUCUUUGGUGUGUUUGAGUUUUAGCUAUGAGUACUACCAGAUAUUUCUUGCGUUCAGUGUUUUAGGAGGCCUCUCGGCAUGCACGCUUUUCACGCCCGCCGUGUCAUGCGUUGGGCAUUGGUUUAACGUUCGUCGAGGUCUUGCAACGGGAAUCGCCUGCACAGCGGGUGGACUAGGGGGUGUUAUCUUCCCAUUGAUAAUCCUCUUCGCUGCCCCUAAAAUCGGGUUCCCAUGGGCAGUACGGAUCAUUGCCGUCCUCUCCGCCGUCCUAUGCUUGUUGGCCUGUCUGCUUUUAAAAACUAGACUCCCGCCAAACGAGAAAGCAGGAGCAUCUAUCGACUUCAAAGCGCUCAAAGAUAUAAGAUACGCUUCUACAACGGUCGCUGUGUUCCUGGUUGAAUUUGCAGUGUUCAUUCCAAUUACUUACAUUGCCUCAUACGCCAUAUAUGUCGGUGUCAACGAUACCCUUGCCUAUGCCCAAAUCAUAUUUCUCAAUCUAGGUGCUAUCCCUGGUCGAUAUCUACCGGGUUUGGUAGCGGACAGGCUGGGCAGGUUCAAUGUCAUGAUCAUCACGUCGUUGAUAUGUUCUAUCCUCACUUUAGCCUUAUGGCUGGCGGCCGAAAAGAGUUUGGCAGCGAUUACUUGCUAUGCAGUUUUCUUCGGUUUCUGGAGUGGAGCAGCCAUUAGUUUAACUCCAGUCUGCAUUUCCCAAGUUUGCAGUACCGAAGACUACGGGAAGAGAACCGGGACGACAUUCACGAUCGUUAGUGUUGGAACUCUGACUGGGAUUCCAAUUGCUGGUGCGAUUCAGCAGACCGAUAAUGGUGGCUACGACGGUCUUAUCAUUUUCGGAGGUGUGCUUUACUUCGCAGCCACUGUUGCGUUCAUCGUUGCACGGAUUAUUUGCUCGGGAUGGGGCUUGAGGACCAGGUUUUAG